AUGUCAUCAUUAUCUGACAAGAAUGUUUAUGAAAUUCAAGACUUAGAAAUGGAUCUUGAAAGAAAUUCAGAGUUUUCCAAUUUACCUAAUGACAAGAAAAUUGACUUAGGUCCCACAUUCUCCAAUGAGCCAGCUUCAUUCAUCGAAAUCACCGAAGAGACAGGUUCAAAGUUUUCAUUCUUCAACAGACUUGCAUCCCAAUUAAAUGCAGAAACAAAAGGUAUUGAACGAAUUACUGAUGAAGAAAAAACAGAUGGUUCCAUCUUAGAUGCUACUUCAAUGUGGUUUUCAGCCAAUAUGGUUAUUUCUGCUUAUACUCUAGGUGGGAUUGGACCAUUAGUUUACGGUUUAAAUUUCGGUACUUGCGUACUCACGAUCAUCUUCUUUAGUAUUCUUGGGUUAUUACCAGUGGCCUUUUUUUCAAUAUUUGGUGCAAAGUUCGGUUUGAGACAAAUGGUUCUGUCACGUUUUCUUAUUGGUAACUCCACAGCUAGAAUUAUUGCCGUAAUCAAUGUGAUUUCUAGUGUGGGAUGGGGUGUUGUUAACUCAGUUGCCUCUUCACAAUUGUUGAAUAUGGUUAAUCAAGGACAUCAUAGCUGCCCUCUCUGGGCUGGAUGUGUGAUUAUCAUAGGAGCAACAAUCCUAGUUACCUUCUUUGGUUAUAGUUAUAUCCAUGCUUACGAAAGAUGGUCAUGGGUUCCCAAUUUUGCGGUCUUCCUUGUUAUUAUUGCUCGUUUGCACAUGUCAGGUAAUUUUUCCGGUGGUGAAUGGACCUCUGGGCCUACCACUGCUGGCAAUGUUCUUUCCUUUGGAUGCGCAAUAUUUGGGUUUGCCACUGGUUGGACUGUUUAUGCUGCAGAUUAUACAGUUUAUAUGCCAAGAGAUACAAAUAAGUUCAAGAUUUUCUUCUCCCUGGUGGGAGGUUUAUCUUUUCCAUUAUUCUUUUGCUUGAUUCUAGGUGCUGCCUCAGCCAUGGGUGCCGUUAACAACCCAACUUGGAACGAUUACUAUCAAAAUAACGGGAUGGGUGGUGUUACUUAUGCUAUUUUGGUCCCAGAUUCCCUACAUGGAUUUGGCGAAUUUUGUUGUGUACUAUUGGCGUUAUCGACAAUUGCUAAUAAUAUUCCAAACAUGUACAGUAUUGGCCUUGCUGUGCAAGCUAUUUGGGAACCGCUAGCCAAAGUUCCCCGAGCCAUUUGGACUUUAGCCGGGAACGCAGCAACAUUGGCUAUUUCCAUACCUGCAUGCUACUACUUUGACGGAUUCAUGGAAGAUUUCAUGAACUCAAUCGGAUAUUAUUUGGCCAUUUAUAGUGCCACUGCAUUGGCUGAACAUUUCAUUUUUAGACGCGGAUUUAAAGGCUAUAAUGUGGAAGAUUGGGAUGAUAAUUCCAAAUUACCGAUGGGCAUUGCUGGUUGUGCUGCAUUAUUUGUUGGUGCAUUUGGUGUUGCACUUGGCAUGAGUCAAACCUACUGGGUCGGUGAAAUUGCACGUCAUAUUGGUGAAUACGGUGGUGAUAUUGGAUUUGAACUGGGUGCCGGUUGGGCUUUUGUUGUUUACGUUAUCUUGAGACCAUUGGAAAUAAAAUACAUUGGCCGCUAA